GGCUCUAGCCGGCAGGCCCGAGGAAGCUCCCCGCCUGGUUGCAGAUCGUGUCACAGUCGGCGGCGGGCCCGGGAAAGAAACGCGAGAGGCGGCGGGCCUACGCCCGAUGUCUGCGGGGGCGCCGCGCGGGGCGCGCCGGCCGCGAUGUCUUUGCGGGUCUCCGGCGGCCCCUUUGGGCCCCCCGUGGGCAUCCGCGCCUCGCUGAGGUCGCUGGGCGCGGGCGCCCCGCGCGCCUCGGACGCCCGAGGCUCCAUCGUCGCCCCACGAGGCUCGACCAGGGAGAACCACGGCAGCCCACUGGCUUCGGGCGGAGGCCGCGGCAGCCCAAUGGCUGCGGCGGCGGAGGCGCCCGGCGGCGCGGUCGGCGGCCGCAGCUCGGUGGCGCAGCAGCAGGAACUGAACCACAAGGGCCAGACGCACACCAACGCGCUGCAGGCGCGGCGGCGGACAACGCCAGGAUCUCUGGGUCCUCUUGCUGAGCCUGCCUUGAAGGGGGACCUCGUGCGGUUCGACGCCCUGCUGACCGAACUGAGGCGCGAGCACGAGGGCCUGGCGCGCCGGCUACGCGGGCAGCGCGCACAGCAGCCGCCUGGCGGCGAGGCGCCGGCGGGGCGGCCGCCCGCCCGCGAGGAUCGCUGCGAGGCGGGGCCGCACGGCGAGGGCGCCCUGCCCGUGGUCGAGGACGCGUGGGCUCAUCCCUGCACCGUGCAGUCGGCCUGGGGCAGCGGCCCCGAGCCGGAAGCGCAGCUUGCGGGGGUCGUGUUCCGCGACCCCACCGAGUCUCUGCAGGCGUCCGCAGACUCGGACCGCUCGGGCGCCUACUCGACGUCGUCGGGCGGCGUCCACAAGUCCCGGAUCAAGUCCAUGGGCCGGUCCCUCACCGUUUCCGUGGGCGAUGCCAUCAGCCGGUCUUUCACCGCUGGCAACGAUGCGCAUUCCGUCUUCUCAAACCCAGAGGACGCCGCACCCAAGGAGAGAGGGUUCUGCUACGCAUUUGUUUCCAGCCCGAUGUUCGAACUGAUUUGGUCGACCGCCAUCCUCUUGAACACUCUGACGAUGGCCCUGGAAGCGCAGUACGACGGUAUGGACGGCUCUUACCGCUACGACCUGGGGCGAUCGCCGUCGACCCAGCCUGCCAGCGAAGUAUGGCCAGGAGCGGACACUCUGUUCAUCGCCACCGACAUGGUUUUUGGAGUGUUGUUCACUUUGGAGUUGCUCUGGCGGAUUGUCGUCCUCCGCAAGGAGCUAUUCCUAGAUAUCCAGCUGCCUACGGCAAGUCCGGGGGCAUGGUGGCGGACUUGGUCGUGGAUUGACAUUACUGCGGUUACUUUCUGGUACAUCGAGCGGCUCUCCCAAAGCACCAUGUCCCUCGAGAUCAAUCCUAAAGUCAUCCGUGUGGCGAGGCUCGUGAAGCUCCUGCGAUUUAUCAGAGUCAUCCGGUUCAUCAACGCCUUCGAAAAACUAUUCAGCUGCCUAUGCCGCGACACACGUGUCAUAACUAUCCAAUUUGCAGUGGACUCCAAGCUCAGAUCCCAGUCGAAGGCAAGUUUUUCAGCGCUCGCCUGGUCUUCAGCCGUGCUCCUGCUGGUCGAGAUCGUCUUCGCCCUGCUGCUCAACAUUCUGCUGGAGGGCUUCUGGAAUGACGCGGACAACCCCAUGGAAGACCGCCAGGUGAUUUUCCAGCAUUUCGGCACCUUCAGCAAGUCGUUGCUGUCCAUGUUCGAGAUGCUUCUGGGCAACUGGUACUCCAUUACACGCGAGCUCGUCAAGGUCAACGAGUGGUACAUGGUACUUGGCGUGGGGCACCAGCUGGCCUUCGGCUUCGCCGUGAUCGAGGUGAUGACAGGCGUGUUUCUUCACGAGACGUUCCAGGUGGCGUCGCUGGACGAUGGCAUCAUGACGAACGAGACGAAGCGUGCGAUCCAGAGGAACACCGAGAAGAUGAAGCAAUUUUUCGAGAGCGCGGACUCGAAUGGCGAUGGGUUCCUCGACAAGCAGGAGCUCGAGCAGGUGCUGCAACGGGCACGGGUCCAGGAGUGGCUCUCCGGAAUGGGGCUCAAUAUUCCCGACGUGGUUACCGCGUUCACGGUGAUGGACGAGAACGGCGACGGCUUGCUCAGUGCUAAGGAUUGUUUGUGGAGGGGGCAUGGUACCUGA